UCCUCUCUGUGCUCUUUCAUUUUGAGUACUUUCGGUUUAAAAUCUGUAGGCUGUGCUUCUGUGCAAUAUGAUUAAGCAGUCUUUCAUCUGUGGAUAUUUUAGAAGUGGAUUUCCCUCAGUGUGACCUUUUGAGAAAUAUAUUUAACUGUUCAAAGCAUAUUGUUCUCUGAUUAAGGCUGUGGUUAUGUUAUCUAGAAGGACCAACUGGCAUACAGACUAUGAGUGACCCACAGCAACAUAAAACCAGCUUUGAAGAUUCUCAGAAGUUCCUAGAUGUGUAUACCAGGCGUUCAUCUGAUUCAGAUAGGUGCGAAAGUGUGGAACUUGAUGAUGAAAUCAGGAUUUUGAUAGGGAAAAACAGUACUUUGGAUUCCUCCAAGAAGCUGGAGAGCUGUUCCUGUGCCUUCAAAGCUUUUGGUAAACACAACACCCUUGUAUGUUCUGAAGAGAUGGAAGCAGACACGGAGAGCAAGAAAAGCUCAGACAAUCUCUUGGAGCAUAUGUUGUCAAAGAAGAUACCAAGAGAUGUGCUGGAACAACAAAUUGUUUCACUGGAAAAGCAGAAGCAGGAGCUUUUGGCAGUAAACAACCAAUGGGAUCAACAGUUCAGGCACAUGAAGCAGUGGUAUGAGAAAAAGGUCACAGAUGUAAAAGGGAAACUGGAAGCAAUGCUGAAGACUAUCAAGGAACUUGAACAAGAGAGGCACCAACUGCAGGAAGAAUGCAAAAGGCUGGAAGCCCUGACUUCAAAGAGGCUAGCACAGGAAAUGAGAGAGAGAAAAAGCCUAAAGGAAGAGAAUAGGCUUCUGAGAGAAGAAACUGCCUUAGCAAACACAAAGAAGAUGCAUUAUGAACGUGAAAUAAGUCGACUCAACAAGGCUCUUUUGGGUGCCUUGGAAAAUCAAACUACAUCUCCACAUGUACCAUCCCAUGUGGAUACAGUGGAUACAAGCUGCAGUGAAGAGGAGAUGAGGUUGCAAAUGGAAGUUCUCAUGCAACAGGUUCAAAUAUAUGAAGAAGACUUUAAAAAGGAAAGAUCUGACAGAGAGAGACUUAAUGCAGAGAAAGAAGCACUACAGAAAAUUAAUGCAAGAUCGCAAUCUCAGUUAAACAAACUAAAUUCCAAGAUUAAAGAUUUCCAAGAUGAAAAAGAACUACUACAGAAGCAAGUAAAGCAACAGGCCCAAGAUCUCCAAGCACUUGCAGAAAAGCAUGGCUUUCCAUAUCACUUGGCUUCCAACAUUAUAUGUCAUCCUUGUCUGAGUUGUAGGAACUGUGGAUUACAUCACUCUUAUCUUGAACCUCAAAUAACAUUGGUCUCACGUGGCAUUAGCCCAAAGCAACAAGAGCCCCCAGUAAGUUAAGUCUCCUGUUAGCUUUCAUUUCACAAAGCAGGAACACUCCAAAAUCCAACAGUUUGUAACCAUGAAGAUUCUGCAUACAUACUGUAAAUCAAAAUAAAGUAAUAAUGUAGAAACUGUUGAGGUAUAGCAUUUUCUACUUGGGAGCUGCUUCCACUGAACAAGGAAACUCACUUAAGCAAGUAACUCUGUACUAGUUUGAUCCUCCUCACAUGGAUGUUCUCAGGAGAAAGUGGGAAAGAAAGUGAACUAUGUGCACUUUCAGUUCGUUGGGAAAAAUUCAGGAUAUAA